AUGAGCUCGGCACCGAAUGUCAAUCCUCAGCGUCAAAUUUCACAAACCAUUAAUGGAAUCAGUGAUAAUCCGAAUUGGUAUUAUUCGGCUCAGAACAAUGUUGGUCACACCAACCCAAUGCUAUCUAACGGUCAAUUUGCGACGCAGGAUCUUAACACGGAUGCUAUGUUUUCUAGACAACAAAUGACAAUGUUGACUUCAGCACAAGGUCGAGAUAUGCAGCAACGACCUGUUCAUACGAUACAAUCACAGCCUAAUGAUCAUAAUUCUGUGACACAACAAAACUUGCAAGGGUGUUGGCUAUUGCCACAACCUUUCUAUUUUACUCCACCAAUUGAGUCAUCAAUCAAUAAUACAUUACAAUCAGAACUACCAUCGCCUACUUUUAAUUCAAUUCCCACAGAACCCAGAAUAUCUAUUGGCCAAACGCCACAGUUUGGUCAACAGAGCCUCAUGGAAAUAGCUGAUGGAUUAAAGAAAAAAUUAGAUAAAUCAUUAACCUUAUUAAAUGAGUCAAGCGAUCAAGCUACUUGGCGUAAAAAACAACGGAUACUUCAUAAUGGAGUGGAACAGUAUCAAGGAGUUGACCGUCCAGUAGAUGUGUCCAGAUAUAUGACUGCAGGGUGGAAUACCAUUAUGAUAAAUCAAUGUGGAUGUGUUUGGUGUAUACGAAAUUCAAAUGCAAGUAUCGUCAUUAGGACUAGCAAAAUGGCCAAGGUGAAACAAUCCCGUUCUGGUGGUUCCAAUGGUUCUCAUGACAUAAUGCAUACUAGCCAUACCACUAUAUCUGAAAAUUUUCAAAGUAAUCUUGGCCAUACAAUAACAACAAUUGAUGACGACGACGAUGAGGUCACAGCUUACAAAAUGACAGUAAGUCUUAAAUGUCCACUUAGUAUGGUACGAAUUAAAGAGCCUGCCAAAGGUCUUUAUUGUGUGCAUAUAGGGGAUGAUAAUGACGCUGAGUCGUCAGAUGAUGAGAAUUCGAACGUAAAACGACGUGACAACACCAAUUCGUUACCAAAACAGAGUGAGAAUCCACCAGCAUUGGAAUCAUUAGCACUGGUGGCAUCUGCUCAGAUGCAUUUACCACAACCAUCAGAACCAUCGUCUCAUAUUGUCCCUCAAAUGCAUAUACCUUUGUUAAUGGACCCAUUACCCUCUCCGGAUGCGAAUAAUGAUGCGACCACUAAUAAUGAACUUAAAGCUCACUGCCGUACUCAAGAAGCAAACCCAAGUACUUCGACACCACCUAAUGAUGAAGAUCCACUUAAUGAUGAAGAUCCACCUAAUGAUGACGAUCCACCUAAUGAUAAUGAUAGAUGGGAGGAAUAUGAAGAGGCACCUAUUGCUAUUGAUGGUAACCAUACACCAGCUGGAACUUUCAAACCAAACGUUACUGUUGUAAGAAAAAAUUUCAAAAAUGAUGCAAUUAAAAGCAACACAGUCGCACCAAAAGCUACUGAAACACCUGCAGCCGCCGCAGCAGAUAAAACUUCUCGUUUUUUAGCUAUAAAAGAUGCAAAUUCACUUUCAGCAUUGAAAUUAAACCUAGAAGCGUAUUAUGAGAUGCUGACAAAUAG